UAGUCAUAGCACAAAUAUAUAUAUAUUCCUUCCAAUCAUACAUCUUUUCUUCUGAUCUAUCUCAUCUUCUUUCUUCUGUCCUAAACAUGUCUGAUGAAGUGGAAUAUCGCUGUUUUGUUGGUGGUUUGUCAUGGUCGACAUCUGAUAGAGCUCUUAAAGAGGCUUUCUCCAAGUUCGGCCAUCUUCUUGAUGCUAAGGUUGUUUUAGACAAAGAAUCCGGGCGUUCACGUGGAUUUGGUUUCAUUACUUUUGAUGAUAAGCAUGCAAUGGAUGAUGCUAUAGAAGCAAUGAAUGGAAUUGAUUUGGAUGGGAGGAACAUCACUGUAGACAAGGCUCAGCCUCAAGGAGGUUCAGGUAGAGAUUAUGAUGGUGAUCGCGGCCGUGAUCGUGGACGUGAUCGUGGUCGUGAUCGCGAUUAUGGAAGUGGUGGUCGUGGCCGUAGUGGCGGUGGUGGUGGCGGCGGUGGUGGUGGGGACUGCUUUAAGUGUGGUAAGCCUGGACAUUUUGCUAGGGAAUGCCCAAGUGAAGGGGAUAGAGGAGGUAGGUACGGUGGCAGAGAUGAUCGCUAUGGUGGGGGACGUGGUAGUGGUGGUGGCCGAUUUGGUCCUGAUAGGAAUGGAGAUCGUAACAGUGGACGCAGUAGGGAUGGGGGUGGUGGUGGGAAUGGAGGUGACCGAUACAGCCGUGACCGCUCUGGACCGUAUGAACGCCAUUCAGGUGGAUUUCGAUGAUUAUUACCAGUUGAGCUGAGAGGUUGACUUGAUGGCUUGCUGCUGGAUCUAGAUGCAAAUGCUGGGGUUUUUCUUUCUGCAAUAUAUCGCUUUACUUCGUACGUGCUUAUUUGGCUCUGAAUGUAGUACACAAAUCAAACUUUGAAAGUUUCGCAACUUGGCACCUGCUACCUAGUGUGUUGGAUACUUGGAUUGGUUCGUGGGGUAUUGUGCUUGUUAUGAUUGUCCUUUA